AUGAAUGCCCGGCAGAACUUGUUCUUGAACCUUAUGUUUUCUCAGAUGAAGUAUACAGCGAAAUCAGAAAAUGGAGAAGGAAAUUUAAAAUUCCUUAAGGCGCUGGUAGUUAAACGUGAAUUCUUCAAGUCACCAAUAACAAUUCAAGACCCUCCUACGGAAGAAAAUAUAUUUCGACGAGAUUUGGGGACAUUUCUACUCAACUUAAGAGAAACAUUAGACAGUCCCCUUAUAACAAAUAGUUACAGACAAUCUGAAAUUGAUUUUUCAAUUCAAAAUAUAGCAAUAUUAUUUCGAUUCGUGUUUAAUUCAAAAUCUAGUGUGAAUGUGUGUUGGGAAGAACCUUUAAAAGUAGAUAAACUUGACCCAGAAAAGAUGGAACUAGGAUGUGGAGAGGUCAAGUUGAAUUGCACUGACGAAAGAUUAAAUGAAGAAGAUAGAGCCAGUUUGGGGGAGAGUUUAAAAAAGCAACUGCAUUAUCGAAUCAGACAGGCGAAAUCUACAAAAGAAUUUUAUGCAUUUGGCAUAUUCGUAGUUGAUGAUAUUAUUGAGUUAUACUCCGGCAAGAUUAGCAUUUCAAAUAUAAUUGCCUUGAAAAAUUCAAACCUGAUCAAUAAUAUAAAGUUAGACGGAGAAGGAAACUCUACAGAUGAAAAUAUAGUAGAACAUGAACUUGAUGAAAUGUCAGCAGGAUCAAACUUUAGUUGUUCUCUUGGUGACUAUAAUUUGGAUUAA